AUGGUUUUCAAAGUCAUCAUCGUCGGAGGCAGCGUGGCAGGGCUGUCUUUGGCCAACAUGUUAGAGGCUCUUGAUAUUGACUUCAUCCUUCUUGAAGCACAUAAGAUCAUUGCCCCCCAGCUUGGGGCCAGCAUCGGCCUCCUUCCCAAUGGUUUGCGGAUUCUCGACCAGCUCGGCUGCUAUGAAACCGUUAGGCACGAAGCAGGGAUAUAA